AUGCAACUCAUCCAAAAGGCUUGUGCGAUAGCGGUGCCAAAGAAUGGCACGAGACGGCAGAGACGCCCUGUAUAUUUGUGGACGAACGAGAUCGCAGAUCUACGUAAGAAGUGCUUAAGGCUACGCCGUUUAGCACAACGAGCGAAGAGACGCGACCACGACGCUGCUCCUUUGGCCGCAGACUAUCAAGCGGCCAAGAAAGCCCUGAAGAGGACCAUCAAGGCCAGUCAACGACGGUGCAGGAAGGAGCAGCCUGGAUGUCGACCAGAAUCCGUGGGGAUUAGGCCGAAGAGAGAGAUCAGCUUGGAUGCGCCUGGAUUAAGCGAGGUACCGCAAUUCACGGAAGAAGAGCUACUCAUGGCCGCAUCAUCUAUGCGGAACAGGAAAGCUCCAGGUCCAGACGGACUCCCAGCAGAAAUAAUUAAAGUCGUCGUACAAAGGGGGCAUCUUUCUCGCUCCAUGGAAGAAAGCGAGGCUUGUGCUCAUUAUCAAGGGCAAGGGUCCAGUAGGGGCAGCUCCAUUAUACAGGCCUAUUUGUUUGCUCGACACGGCUGGAAAACUCCUGGAGAAGCUGAUAAGACCAAGGCUGCGUCCAGCCGUGAAGGCAGCGGGGAUCAUCCCGGCCGCCAGUACGGAUUUCGAUCCGGCCUCUCCACCAUCCACGCAGUCCUGGAGGUAGUCACAGUCGCGAAAAUGAUGGAGCGAGGCAAUCGUCGAACUCGACCUCUGUGCCUGCUGGCCACCUUAGACAUGAGAAGUGCCUUCAACUCCGUCAGGUGGGACCUGGCAAGGGAAGCGCUCGAACGUAAUUUCAACGUUCCGAUGUACCUACUCCGAAUAGUUGACGAUUAUCUAAACGAGCGCUUCCUAGUAUACGACACGAGUGACGGUCCAAGAAGCUUGGAAUUGACAUCGGGGGCAGCCCAGGGCUCUAUACUAGGACCGGACAUAAGGAAUAUAUUCUACGACGGUAUUUUUCGUAUGGCAGUCCCAGACGGUACUUUCUUGGUUGGAUAUGAAGAUGACCUUGCAGUUGUCAUAACCGCAAGAGCCACGAAGGGGGUACAGUUGCUGCUCAACCAGGUCAUGAGGAGAGUUACCUCAUGGAUGGAAGACCACGGGCUAUCUCUAGCAGCCCAGAAGACUGAGAUCGUGCUAAUUAGGAGGAAGCGUAUCAACAACUUGCGCAGCUUCAUUGUAGGAGAUGCGGCGGUCCAGACUAAGCCGGCUGUCAAAUAUCUCGGCGUAAUGCUUGACAACAAGCUUAACUAUGGUGAGCAUAUUAUCAGGGCAGUUGACAAGGCGGCUAAAGUAGUAGCCUCACUGGGCAGUUUCAUAGACAAUGUUAACGGUCCCCGGCCGUACAUGAGGAGACUACUGAUGCGUGUCGCCGAAGCAGUGAUGCUGUACGGUGCGGAAGUAUGGGCCGAGGCGCUGAGAAAACAGAAAUAA